AUGGCCGACCCAUCCACCCAAGCAGGAAACACCGUCUUGGAACACAUCAACGACCCCCGCAUCACAAUCAAAUACUGCACCCAGUGCCGAUGGAUGCUCCGCGCCGCAUACUUCGCUCAAGAGCUACUCUCGACAUUCAGCACUGAUUUGGGCGAAGUCGCUCUGGUCCCUAUGACUGGUGGUGUAUUUACGGUGACGAUUAGACACCAUGCUGUUGUAGAUGGUCAGGCAUCGACGCAGGAGAGUAUUCUGUGGGAUCGGAAGCGGGAUGGCGGGUUCCCUGAAGUCAAGGCUCUUAAGUCUUUGGUUCGGAAUGUUAUUGCGCCUGAGAGGGACUUGGGACAUACGGAUCGGGCAUUGAGGGCUCAGCACGGCGGUGGACUGAUGAAGGCGCAGCAGGGUGAACAGAAGGAGAAAAUGAAGGAAGAGGAGACCAAGGAAGAGGAGACGAAGGGGGCUCCCUGUGAAGACUGUCAAUAG